AAAAGGAGGAUUUGCCUAAGCGAUUCCAAGGAGCGGGCCCGGUCGAGCCCUAUAGCCCAUGCCCGGCGGGGACCAGUCGCCAGGAGCGCCGAGCCGCGAUGUCCAUACUUGCCAAAAUGGGGGACUGGCAGGACCGUCACGACGGCACCAGCAACGGGACUGCACGGUUGCCCCAGCUGGGCACUGUAGGUCAAUCUCCCUACACGAGCGCCCCGCCGCUGUCCCACACCCCCAAUGCCGACUUCCAGCCCCCCUACUUCCCCCCACCCUACCAGCCUAUCUACCCCCAGUCGCAAGAUCCUUACUCCCACGUCAACGACCCCUACAGCCUGAACCCCUUGCACGCCCAGCCGCAGCCGCAGCACCCGGGCUGGCCCGGCCAGAGGCAGAGCCAGGAGUCAGGGCUCCUGCACACGCACCGGGGGCUGCCCCACCAGUUGUCUGGCCUGGAUCCUCGCAGGGACUACCGGCGACACGAGGACCUUCUGCAUGGCCCACACGGGCUUGGUUCAGGACUCGGAGACCUCCCAAUCCACUCCUUACCUCAUGCCAUCGAGGACGUCCCGCAUGUAGAAGACCCGGGUAUUAACAUCCCAGAUCAAACUGUAAUUAAGAAAGGCCCCGUGUCCCUGUCCAAGUCCAACAGCAACGCCGUCUCCGCCAUCCCCAUUAACAAGGACAACCUCUUCGGCGGCGUCGUGAACCCCAACGAAGUCUUCUGUUCAGUUCCGGGUCGCCUCUCCCUUCUCAGCUCCACCUCGAAGUACAAGGUCACGGUGGCGGAAGUACAGCGGCGCCUCUCACCGCCGGAGUGUCUCAAUGCUUCGCUGCUGGGCGGAGUGCUGCGGAGGGCGAAGUCUAAAAAUGGAGGAAGAUCUUUGAGAGAAAAACUGGACAAAAUAGGAUUAAAUCUGCCAGCAGGGAGACGUAAAGCUGCCAAUGUCACUCUGCUCACAUCACUAGUGGAGGGAGAAGCUGUCCACCUCGCCAGGGACUUUGGGUACGUGUGUGAAACUGAAUUUCCUGCCAAAGCAGUAGCUGAAUUUCUCAACCGACAACAUUCCGAUCCCAAUGAGCAAGUGACAAGAAAAAACAUGCUCCUGGCUACAAAACAGAUAUGCAAAGAGUUCACCGACCUGCUGGCUCAGGACCGAUCUCCCCUGGGGAACUCGCGGCCCAACCCCAUCCUGGAGCCCGGCAUCCAGAGCUGCUUGACCCACUUCAACCUCAUCUCCCACGGCUUCGGCAGCCCGGCGGUAUGCGCCGCGGUCACGGCCCUGCAGAACUAUCUCACCGAGGCCCUCAAGGCCAUGGACAAAAUGUACCUCAGCAACAACCCCAACAGCCACACGGACAACAGCGCCAAAAGCAGUGACAAAGAGGAGAAACACAGAAAGUGAGGCUCUCCACCCGCCCUGCCCCCUCCCAGGCCUCACCAGGUCUCCCGCCUUUCCUCCCCACCCCUCUGCCCGCCCACCCAACUCAGUCUCCACUCCACCAACCACCACCGGCAGGUGACAGCUCCGGGAUCAGCAAACCCCUACUGCUGCUACUGCUGCUGCUGCUGCUGCUACUGCUGCCACCUUCAGUCCUCCAGUCUGGGAGUCUGGGGACUGCUCUCCACUGUCAGUGGGGCAGCCCCUGCCUCAACGUCCCUCAUCAGCACCAACUCCCGUUUGCCCUCACGUGGAGCCUAAGAGAACAGGACAGGCCGUGAAGCCAGCAAAGAAAAGUUCUGUCCGAGUUUGUGAACCUUUUUUUUUUUUUUUAAAUAACCCCUCCCACACCCCACAAAUCAACAAUGGCGACAAAAAAAAUUUUAAACUUUUUUUCUAAAAAAAGAACAUAAAAAAAAAUUAUAUGAGCUUCAUGGGACUGAAUCACCACCUUCCCUUACACACUUCAGUUUAGAUUGUAGCCAUACUUAAAAAAAAAAGGCAAAAAGGAUGACAUUUCUAUCAGUAUUGUGAAUAAACUUGAACACAAAUACACGAAGUUCCAUGUCAUGUCUUCAGUUGUAGAAGUUUUUCCUCUUCAAGGUAAAGCGACCAACUUGAACUUUCUCGGGCAACACGAUUCACAGUUAUAUAAGGGAAUCAGUGUUCAUGUCUCUGUAUAUAUUUAUUUAUGUGUAAUUUAAUGGGAAUUGUAAAUAUGGUGAGUCUGUUUUAAGCCUUUUUUUAUUUAUCUGGUGAUCUCGUUUACCUCUUGUUUAGUGGGUUUUGAAUCUUCCCUAUUAGUUCUUCAUGUGGUUCAUGGUACUUAUUUAGAAAUUCAAGGUUUGGGGGAUUUUUUUUUUCCUCUGGGAUUCAUGAAUUUAGCCCUGUUGUAGCAUGUUAAAGACAACAAUGAAACAGCUGAACAAAUAAAGAGUAAAAUAAAAUUUUAUAUACAAUUAGUAUUACAUUUAGCUUUUCAUUGAACUGGAAGAGAAAUUGAUAUUGGAUCCUGGAAAGAUUUUUAAACUUGAAUGGUUUGAUAACUCUUCUAUGUAUUGUGGGGAGUAAAAAAAGUUAAUUUUAUUCCACUGUCCUCCCUUUAAAGCAUAAUUUGAGCAAUAAAUGAGUAUUGUCCUUAAAACCAAGGGUUAGGGAAUUUUCUUCUCUUUCUCUCUUUUUGUUCAAACAACUUCAGAUAUUUGGGACCACCUGGUAUUCUGUAUUUUCACUGGCCAUUUUGGAAGCAGUUCUAGUUGUAUUGUAUUGAGUUGUGCUGGCAGUAGUUUCCAAGCCUGUCAAUGUAUCAUAGUCCUUUGUUGCCCAGAUAAAUAAAUAUUUGAUACGCUUUA